CUAUUCUAACGCUGAGCGCAACAAACACCCCUUUUCGCCUUUCGCUGCGAUCCGGAUAUCUGCAGUUGCCCUCCCGCACGCUUUUUUUUGGUUUCUUUUUUGGUUUCGUUUCGUUUUUGGCUGGGGGAACGUGCGAUGAAUACGACGGGGCGGUAUCUUUUGCUUAUCCUGGGUGUCGUGCUCAGCGUUCAUUAUUUCCUGUCCUUCACCCACCACGAAUACGGACGGAUAACGUCCCUGGGUAACAUCGUUUCGCAUUUCCACGGCGGCGGGUCGGAGAGCAGCACCGCUGCGGAGCUGUUCCCCGUCCCAGACGAGUAUUUCGCGAACACUAACACCACUACUACCACUACCACUCAUGCCCGGCGGGCGAACGCCACGUUCGUUAUCCUCGCGCGCAACACCGACCUCCAAGGAGUCAUCGGGAGCAUCCGCGAGAUCGAGGACCGGUUCAACCGGCAGUACCACUAUCCGUACGUCCUGCUGAACGAAGAGGAGUUUUCGGACGACUUUAAGAGGAGAGUGUCCGUGGUAACAUCGUCGAAAAUGGAAUUUGGGCUGAUCCCGCGUGAACACUGGUUUCAGCCCGAUUGGAUCGACGAGGAGAGAGCCAAGGCGUCGAGGGAGGAGAUGGUUGCGGAGAAUGUCAUCUAUGGAGGGAGUGUCCCCUAUCGCAACAUGUGCCGCUUCAAUUCCGGUUUCUUCUUCAAGCAUCCUCUGAUGGAACAGUACCGGUGGUACUGGCGGGUAGAGCCUAACGUCCAUUUCCACUGCGACGUCAACUUUGACCCGUUUGUGUUCAUGGAGGACAGCAAGAAGGUGUACGCGUUCACGAUCACGAUGUACGAGUUCGAGCGGACGAUCCCGUCACUGUGGACCCACGUCCGGGACUUUGUCGCGCUCCACCCAGAGUACGUCGUCGAAGACAACGCGAUGGGCUUCCAGUCCGAUAACGGAGGCCUGGACUAUAAUCUCUGCCAUUUCUGGAGCAACUUUGAGAUCGCCGAUAUGCGGUUCUGGCGCGGGCCGGCGUACCAAGCGUUUUUUGAGUACCUCGAGUCGAGGGGCGGGUUCUAUUACGAGCGGUGGGGCGAUGCGCCCGUGCAUAGUAUCGCGGCGUCGCUGUUUGUGAGGAAGGAUCAGAUACAGUUCUUUGAUGAGAUUGGGUACGAGCAUAGUCCGUAUACGCAUUGCCCCAGGAAGGAGGAGAGCUGGAGGCGGGGCAAGUGCUCUUGUGAUCAGAAGAAGAGUUUCGAUUAUGAUGGAUACUCGUGUUUGAAGAAAUGGGAUAGACUCAUGGAGGCGUGACGACGAUUGCAAUUUUCUAUCCUAUGGGC